GAUUGCCAACCAAACCAAAAAAUGAGACAAUCUAUCAAUUGGAGAGCUGACUAGCCGCUAGAAUAACAUUUAUAAAGUCAGUAUGUUUUCAGAUUCGAUCGCUCGCGUACAUUCAAUACACUAUCUAACGACUCUAACGGCAGCGCACUAAUGUGGGAAAAGGUUCACACAAAGAGCAAAAAAUAAAUGUGCAAAUCAUACGAAUGAAAUCACUCGAACCGCUAUUUAACUCGCUUAUCUGAAGUAUGGAUGAUGAAACCGCUUAAAUGAUAUGCGAAAAAAAUUUAAAAAGAAUAAAAAAUACAACAGAGAAAAUAAAACUAAAACAAAAUGUCCAACGAAGUUGAUGAUAGACACAUUUUGGAGGCACCCUCACAGGGCGCCGACACAGAAGCGCACCUUACAGCACCCGCCUUCAUAGCAAUAACAACCAGCACGAGCUCAACGGAGAAUAUCGAUAGGGAGAGCCAUGCAGAUGAAAGUUCAUCGACAGAGCUGCUUGCACCCACUAUAAGACGACCGCCGCGUAGGCGAAUAAUGACCUUGGAGUUGCCGUUUUUUUUACUGUUUCUUGCUUUAGUGAUCUCGGGCCCUGUUAUGCAAAAUCAAGAAUUAUAUCAAACUUGUGUGGCCGUUUUUAAUUACAAUGCGAGCGAUUGUGAGCCUCUACGUGGCAUUGUUCCCAAAACAAAGGAAGCGGAAAUAAUCGAGAAACAGAUUCAACCAUAUGUUUCCAAAAUCAAUAUGGUCAGUUCUAUGCUGAAUAAUGUAUGGCCCGGUAUACUGGUUUUGUUUGUGGGUCCCUGGUCGGAUAAAUUUGGACGACGUCCAAUACUGUUGAUGACUUUCGGGGCUAGCUUCGUUGGUCACAUUAUAACCACUAUUUUGGUGACUUUCUCCAAGAAGUUAUCACUGAACCCUUGGUUAUAUUUGUUGGGUGGCCUACCAUUGACAAUUGCUGGUGGUGGUUGUUGCAUGAUCACAAUUGUAUUUUGCUAUAUAUCCGAUGUUUCUGACAUGGAAAGCAAAGCGAAACGCAUGUUCUAUGUAGAGAUGGCGAUGGGCUUGGGUGUGGUCUUGGGUAAUGUGAUAAGCAGUUAUUUGUUACGUCUCACAAAUACACCUACAGUCUGUGUCACAUCAGCUGCACUUUCGUUUCUGGCUUUAGCUUAUAUAAUGGUUUGCAUUGGCGAGAGCUUAGAUGUCGCGGAAACCAGUCUUUCGGAAAAAGCGAAACACUUUUUCGAUGUACGAUUAAUCAAAGAGCUGGUUGAGACAUGCGUGAAGUCGCGUCCUAAUUAUGGACGAGCGAUUGUUUGUUGUACUGUUUCGAUUUUGAUAAUGACAAAUUUCGCAGGAAGCGGAGAACUUGGUAUUUUGUACUUAUUCCUGCGCACCAAAUUCAAUGUCACUUUGGAACAGUUUACCUACUUCAAUGCCAUCGGUAUCACCAUUAAAAUGGUGGGCUGUUUAGCGGCGUUCGGUUUGUUCAGAAACCUUUUCAAAAUAUCAUUUCCGGCAAUUGCUAUGAUGGGUUUAUUCGGCUGUGUAGUGGAGAGUUUAAUUCGCGCCGUUGCACAGCAAUUCUGGCAAAUGUACAUGGCCGCCUCCUUUGGUCUUAUGUCAGGCAUAACAGGUCCAAUGUUGCAGUCAAUUGUUUCACUAGCCAUACCAUCCAAUGAAAUCGGAAAAGUCUACUCACUGGCCUCAUCCCUUCAAACACUCACACCGCUGCUGUCGGCGCCCUUAUACACGUUAGUCUAUAAUCAAACGUUGGAUUUCUAUCCUGGUUUGUUUAAUUUUAUCAGCGCAGGAUUUUAUGCGGGGUGCUUUUGUGUUAUGAUAGUAAUUUUCAUUUUUGAACGUCGAGUUAGCAGACGAAUGGCGGAAAAUGAAGAAGCAGGCAAAUCUCAAUCGGAUGCUGCCAAAGUACAUAACGCGUAGCAUUUAUGAGAUAUUUACCUUUGUAGUUUAAGAAGCGGUUAAUAAUUUAUAAUAUUAGUGGCAUUAGUAAUUUUUAAGUUUCCAUGUAUUGGUAUGUAUAUA